AUGACUAGAUCGAGAACCAUGAAACCCCGCUUCUUCUUCCUCCACAUCCAGCUACUAGCCAUCACCCUCCAAUGCAUUGCCAGCAAUGCAACACAACCUGUGUUCGACACAGAAGGAAGCCAACUAGAUAGCAAUCACAAUUACUAUAUCCUCCCGGCCAAAGGUGGCGGCGGCCUCAAAGCCAUCCCUACUGGUCUACGAUGCCUUAACUUUGUGGUCCAGGAAAGUAACUCAAAUCUCCUCGGCACCACCCUGCAAUUUACCCCGCUACCACCGAACACUUCGGCCAGUGAGACGAUCCAUCUGUCCAGCGACAUCUGGAUUGAAUUCCACGAUCUUGAAAGCUUUUGCUCUGAUAGGCUAGAUUGGCACAUUACGGAACGUUCUCCGGAGGCGGCAGAUCGGCUGAAACAUGUGGCCGCUGGCAAUGAAGAUGGUGUAAGGUCAUUUGCGGUGUUCCGGAUUGAGAGGCAUGGUGCGGAUGCGAUGGGAUAUAAGAUAAUGUCAUGUGUUGACAAGGGGCCAUGCAAAGAUCUGGGUUUGCAUAAUAAGAAAACGCAGGCGACAUCAAAGUGUAAAUCACCAAGAUCCUUUAAUGCAAAUUUCUUCUUCCUCCUCAUCCAGCUACUAGCCAUCACCCUCCAUUGCAUUGCCAACAAUCCAACACAACCUGUGUACGACACAGAAGGCAGCCAACUAGAUAACAAUCACAAUUACUAUAUCCUCCCAGCCAAAGGUGGAGGCGGCCUCAAAGCGAUCCCUACUGGUCUACGAUGCCUUAACUUUGUGGCCCAGGAAAGUAACUCAAAUCUCCUUGGCACCACCCUGCGAUUUACCCCGCUACCGCCGAACACUUCGGCCAGUGAGACGAUCCAUCUGUCCAGCGACAUCUGGAUUGAAUUCCACGAUCUUGAAAGCUUUUGCUCUGAUAGGCUAGAUUGGCACAUUACGGAACGUUCUCCGGAGGCGGCAGAUCGGCUGAAACAUGUGGCCGCUGGCAAUGAAGAUGGUGUAAGGUCAUUUGCGGUGUUCCGGAUUGAGAGGCAUGGUGCGGAUGCGAUGGGAUAUAAGAUAAUGUCAUGUGUUGACAAGGGGCCAUGCAAAGAUCUGGGUUUGCAUGUCUAUAAGGAUAAGACAUGGCUUACGAUCAGCGAUGAGCCUUUUAUGGUGGUCUUUAGGAAAAAAUAG